AUGGUUCUGUUAUUCACAGAGGAAAAUUUUAAAAAGUUAUCCCAAGAAUUGGAUGUAAUUCUUGCUGAUAGUACAGAUGCUCAGAAGCACCCAGAUUCGUAUGCUUCUGGCGUUGUGUCUGGUGUUACCAACCAACAUGAAGUUGAGAUAUUGAAGGCCCUGGGUUAUAAGAACUUAGAGAGUAAGGAGCCAAUGCAGACUGAUUCUUUGUUUUGUAUUUUUUCCUGUACGAAGGCAGUAGUAUCAACCGGACUUCUUCAAUUAUGGGAAAGAGGACUUCUCGACCUCGAUGCCCCAGCAAAAAACUACUUACCUAGGAUUUCUAAGCUUGGUAAGCUCAAAGGACUCAAUCAUGAUAACACUCCGCUUUUUGAAAAGCCAAAAGUGGACAUAACUACCAGGAUGUUAUUGACACAUACAUCAGGUCUAGGAUAUACAUUUUUCAGUGACGAAUACGAAAAGGUGGAUUCUGCGAUUGGAGAACCAAGCUUUGAGAAUUUUUCGGAGAAAUCGCUAGAUGGCUCUUUUCUUCUUUUCGAACCUGGUACUCAAUGGAUGUACGGUAUGGGGAUAGACUGGGCAGGUAAGGUCUUGGAAGCAAUUACAGGAAAGAGCUUAGGGGAAUAUCUCAAAGACAAUAUUUUGGAGCCGGCACAUAUGGACUCCUCUACGUUUCAUGUAUUAGAUGAAAAGGACAAGAAGAGACUUGUUACGCUUUACAGUCGCACCAAAGAUGGUCUAGUACCAUUUAGGCACCAGCCUCCAACUGACCCUUCGCUCGAUAUUGGUGGCCACGGCUUGUUUUCCACAGUCGAAGACUAUUUAAAGUUUAUUAGGAUUUGGUUGAAUGAUGGGAAGACUUCAGAGGGAGUUCCAAUUAUAUCAGAAAAGACUUUCAAAUAUGCCAUUCAAAACCAUUUGCCAUCAGAUUUACAUGUAAAGUCCUUGAAGUCAUAUAAGGCAGAAUUGAGCAAAGACAUUCCUACAGAUCCAUCAUUAAAGCCAAAUGAUUGGACACUUUGUUUUGCAUUGAACGGCGACGACCUGCCUACCGGCAGACCAAAAGGGUCUCUUUACUGGUGUGGUCUCUCCAAUUUGUUUUAUUGGAUAGACUUAAAGAAUAAAAUUGGCGGAUUUUAUGCCUCACAAAUUUAUCCAUUGGGAGAUGAUUCUGCUGCAACAUCUUAUAAGGUUGAAUCAACAGUUUACAAAUAUUUAGAGUAA